GAGAGGCGAUGUGUACAUUCGUCUAGCCUCAUUUCGCCACACAGCUACACACAACAACUGUAACCCUCUAUCUUCUCCGCAUGUUCUCGGAGCUCCGGCUCCCCUUAACGGAGCCCUAGCUCUCUUUACCCGACCACCUCAAAAUACGAACACUUCCAUUUGUUUUCCUUUUUUUCGAUUCGCUGCGUUCGGAUCUUUGCUUUGAUUUGAUUUGCUUCUGCUGCCGAAAGAAAUGUCGAAGCCUUGGGGAACAAUAGGCGCCUGGGCCGCCGAGGCCGAGGCUGCGGAGGCCGAGGAGCGCGAGGCCGCCGCCGCUGCCGCCGACGAGUCCGCUGCCGCGGCGUCCCAGAGUUUCCCUAGCCUCAAGGAAGCCGUCAGCACCAAGACUAAGAAGAAGAAGAUGACCUUGUCGGAGUUCACCACCGGCGCCUACGUCGGUCCCGGAGGUGCUGCCCGGCGCGACUCGGCAUUCGACUACAAGGGCCUCACUCCCGACGAGAUGCUGCGGCUCCCCACCGGUCCCAAGGAGCGGACCGCCGAGGAAAUGCAGUCCUCCCGGCUCGGUGGCGGGUUCUCGUCGUACGGCCGCUCCGGGGGUCCUCCGCGCAUGCGCGACGGGGAUAACGAUUCUUCGUGGGGUGGGAGCAGGAGAUCGUACGGCGGGUUUGAUGAGGAUCGUAGGGCUCCUCCUAGGGUUUCAGAUUUUGAUCAGCCGUCGAGGGCAGACGAAGUCGACAAUUGGGCGAUGGGCAAGAAAUCUCUUCCGUCUCUUACGCCCGAUUCCGGUCGGCAGAAUCGGUACGGUUCGCUUGGCGGUGGGUCUAGGGCUGACGAGGUAGAUAACUGGGCAGUUGGGAAAAGGAAUCUUCCUGUGAAAUCGAACACCUUUGGUUCAGGGUUCCGUGAUUCGGGUCCGGAACCCGAUCGAUGGACUAGGGGAGGAGGAUUGCGUGAGAUUGAGCGUGAGCGGCCGCGACUAGUAUUAGAUCCGCCGCGAGGUGAGCCCGUUGUGAAUGAACCACUGAAGACAAAUAGGCCGAGUCCAUUUGGGGCAGCGAGGCCGAGGGAAGAGGUUUUGGCCGGGAAGGGGUUAGACUGGAAGAAGCUGGACUCAGAAAUUGAGGCUAAGAAGACUAGUAGGCCAACGAGCUCGCACUCUAGCAGGCCUUCAAGUGCGCAGUCGAGCCGGUCGGAGGGGCUAGAAGGAGGGGCAAAGCCACGGCCAAAGGUUAACCCUUUUGGGGAUGCGAAGCCUCGGGAGGUUUUGCUGGAGGAGAAAGGUAAGGAUUGGCGGAAGAUCGAUUUGGAGUUGGAGCAUCGCGCUGUGGACAGGUCCGAGACUGAGGCAGAGAAGAUUUUGAAAGAGGAAAUAGAGCAACUGAAGAAGGAGAUUGCAAACAAUAAUUUGGUAAAUACAAACCAGCAAUCUCUACAAGGUUCUGGUGGAGACCAAAGCAAUAUACAUGAUAUAUUACUUUGCAAAGAAAGGGAAUUAGAACAGCUGAUUCUUGAUUUGGAUGACAAAGUUCGUUUUGGUUCAAAAACCACUGAAAGACCUGGCUCUGGAGCAGGCAGGUCUACUGGAUUUCCUGAGAGACCUCCUUCCCAGUCUGGGUCAUUUGAGGAAUCAAGAAGUAUGGAGUUCAUGGAGAGGCCACGGUCACGUGGUACAGGAGAUGUGUGGACAAGGCCUAGUGACGACAGAAGAACUUUUCUAGGUGGCAGGGAUGGAGGAUUCCUUGGCAACAGAGAAAUGGCCAGGACAGACAGGUAUAGAAGCAUCUCAAUUACACUCUUUUAUUUCUUUCCGUUUUUCUGUUCCAUGACUUUUCUUGGCAAAAUCAGAGAAUUUAACAUGCCUUUUGGGAUCAGUUUUGGUAUAUUCUGGAUAGGUAGAAACAAAAUUUUAGAAGUUCAAAUUCUUCCAAAUAUACGUGAAUAUGUAGAAAAUAUUGGAACCAAUUUAGAGCUGAAAUUCUGGAACUGUCUGCAUAACAUAAAUGUUCAGAGGUGGUUGCUUGCUGUCAACAAUUGACCACUCUCUUUGGAAGAAUGUUAUGAAAUCUUGUCGUUAUAAAAUCUUGUCACAUAACUUGGGUGGAAGAACUGGGGCUGGGUUAAUUGCAGCUGUUAAUCACUUCAUCAAAACCCCUGUGCUUAAGGAUGCGUCUCCAAUAGGUCAUGAAAAUCAUAGUUUGGUGUUUGCUAAACUGAUACCCAUGGUCAUGGAUUAAGCACGUCUUUGCACCAACUUUCUAGUUGGAGUGGAAUAUGCAACAGGUAGUGAUCCUCCUUUAGGUUUGGAUAUACUCACCGUUGGGUGUAUGUCCUUUUUCUCAGAGUUGAUUUUGGGGUGUGGUUCUGCUUGUAGUUGGUGCCAGCAAGCAACAUCUACAUAGAAAAAAAAGAAAAUUAAAUAAUUGGAUAAUGCCUUUAAAAGAUUUCGAAAUUUGUAUUAUCCUUGCAUCAUACUUUUGACUUUCCUUAAAUAAAUAUAUAUAUGAAAAGACUAAUAAAUAACAAUAAAAUCAUGCCCUACCACUCUCCCAUUUUCCUGAUUUUAUGUGCAUUGCAUGGUAUCCCUGUAUUAUUUGCUGUUUAUUAGUGUAACUGUUACUUAAAUGUGUGCACUCGUUUUUUUUUUUUUUGGGUGGGGGGAUUGGCAGGUCACAGUCAAGGGACAGAUGGUGAACCUGGUGAGACAGAGAAGGCGGAGAAGGCAUUCAUUAGAUCUCUCUUCUUUUGACAAAACCAGCACAAAAUAAUAUUUUUGUGUUCCUCACUUUUUUUGUUUUUUUUUUGAAAUUUUAAAUUGUUGAUCUCUGAUUUGGUCUGAGAAGUUGGAGCUUAGAAUUAUUGGAGGGGAUGGGGAGGGGGUGAAUUGGGAAAAACUUUUGGUGUUAAUCUUAUUGUUACAUCCCGAAAGGUUGGAACUGUGUAAAAUUGCAAUUUUUUGGGUGGUGUGUUGAGGCCAGAUAGAUGCCUUUUUAAUUGUACUUUCUUCCCCAUAUUCAUAUCUUGAACCUUAUGGCUCCCCCCACCUCCUCUCCCUUCCCCCUCAUUAGCUUUAUUCGCUUUAUUCUUAUCGCACGCUUUUGUUGAAUGUGUUAAUCCUUCAAUUAAUGUAUUGUAACAUUUGUGGAGAGUGAAAUCUUAACCCCCACCAAAAAAAUAAAAGCGUUUCUUGUUUUGGUGGCUUGUAUUCCUGUUGUUGAGGUCUGUGGAUUUACAAGGCUUGAACUUGAUAUUUUGUUGUGUAUUUUGAAUUUCAUUUGAACUUGAAGAGUGCAAUUGUUUUGAGUUUGUGUAUGGAAAUAUGAGUUGGGGCCUUUGAAUCUUGUAAGAUUAGAUCAUACUGAACGUGAUAAUAUUGUAUUCUUCUUGUUUAGGAAAUAAAAACUCAAUCAAGUUGCAUAUUAUAAAUAUUUAAAAUUUAAACUUUUAAUUAUAUUAAAAACUAGUUUUAAUUGUAUUUAAUAUAAUUAUGAAAUAUAAUGAAAAUGAGUAAUUUUGAAACAAAUUUCCUGAUUUAAAUUGAUUCUUAAAAAACAUGAAAAUAAAAAUCUUUUGGAAAAUUAUUUGGAACAAUUUUGGAAAUGUUUUAAACUUUUACCCAAGUAGAAAAAGCAAGAAGUAUAACAAAGGUAUUUUAGAACAUAAAAUUACUCUUUUUGUUCACAAAUUUCAAAUUUAUUUCUAUAUCUAUACACAAUUAUUUUAAAACACUCUUGUAAUUUUUCAUAAUAAUUCAAAAUCCUCUUAUAAUUAUAUUGGAUUUAUUUUUUUUAUAAUCAUUUUAAACUACUCUUGCAAUCAAUUAUGUUCUACCAUAUGAUAUGAUUCUUUACUAUGUUUGUCCUCCUCGCCUCAUUGAGGAAUUGGAAAGCAAUGGGCAUCUCUUUCUUGUAGAUAGGAUCAAUAAAGCCGGUAGGAUGAACAAAAAAUUCUCUACAUCCUUAAAACCCAUUUUGCCAUAUUUAGACAUAGCCAUCACAAACAGUAUAUACAUUUUAUUCUUGGUGGGCCGAUGAUAUUAUUAGAUGCAUUGUUCUGUCACUUAAUAAUGAUGAUAAUUCAUAUUUAUUUAUUUAGUUAAGGAUUAAGGUAAUGUUCUCCAAGCAUUUGCAGCCCCUCGUUGGUCAUCUCCCCUCUUUUUCAAAAUUAGUCAUUCGACAAUAUAAGAAAUAAGAAUCGUUAUUUCUAUUACUUUGUCCUAUACUCUCAUUUAAUCUUCAUCAUUUCAUAGAAUGGACCUUUGGAUCUUAUUUCAAUUUUGACUACAAGAGAUAAAAAAAACACACUAUUAAUAUAUAUACUUACCUUUAUUCAUUGAUUGAAUGCCUAAGGAUUGGCGGAUUCACCAAUAAAAUAGUAGUAAUAAAUGUUCAAUAAGUUAUGAUAAAGUUAAUUAGAGGUCAUUUGUGCAAAUGACAUUUUCUCUUCCUACUCGAAAAAUGUUGAAUCAACCUUUCUCGAUCAACCCUCUCCCAAGAUGUGAUGCAUAGUUUUCUCCAACUCCAAAUCUAACCUCCAGCCAAGCCAAAAUCAAUAUUAAAAGGAGUUUAUUCACUAGGUCAAAAUUCAUGAUUAAUUAUUACACACACACACACACACAUAUAUGUAUUGUUGAAAAUUUUGUACAAAUAUAACAAUAAAAUUAAACACAAAUCAAAAAUAAAAAGAUGAUUUAUAAUUAGUUCGAGAUACAAGUAUCCUACUCUCUUUAAAUAUAUUUAAGCCCUUUGUGAUUUUUGACUUAAUCCAUGAACUAGUCGAUACAACAACAUUCUACUUGACUUGUCAACCCUAGGAUACAACAAUUCAAUUUAAAUGAUUCUGUUCAAUUUUAAAUAUACAAUAAUGUCCAAAGCUGCAUUAAAAAAAAAUCUUUUAUUAUAUAUGUACUUAAUAAUUGAAUGUAUUUAUAAAAAAAAUAGAUAAAUUCCUAAAUUCAAGAUACACUCAUAUAAUUAAUAUUCUGAAUUUAUUAAAGACAUCAAUCAAUAAUUCAAUUCCAUGUCGUUGAUGUUUUUUUUUCAACAUAAUAUAUAAAUUAAUAAUAUUAAAAUAUUAAAAUAAACUAACUACAAAUAUAAAUAUUGGGCUUUCAGCAUCAAUGAUGUGGACCAUUCACCUGCUCUCUUUUUUCUUUUAAAAAAUUAAAUUACCCGGUGGAGAGCUUCUGAGUUUGAAUGGGGCAAGAAAUGGCCCUCGCGCUGUAUCAUUUUCAAAUUUAUGAUGAUAAUGGAAAAAGAAUCAGCCAAUUUCGAAUUUUUUUCAGAAACUGCGGGGUUCUAGGGCAAGCUUGAUCGAUUCAUUUGCAUGAAAUUGAUGAGCAAUUGCCAUCCAAGGUCUUGAACUUAUGGAGUGGGGAAGACUCAGUACCAGUAGCUUAACUAGACGGAGAUGGAAGGGUGGUUCUUGGGCUCUGAGGAAGUGUACGGAGGCAGUGGCAAUUGGGGUUUUUUUGGGCGUUUCGUUCUCAAUUUUCGUGACCUUUGGACGACGGCGGGCUCUCGGUCAAUCGAUGGGUUCCGAUUGCGAUUUCCGGGCGAUUUUCAACUUCGGCGAUUCAAAUUCCGACACCGGCAGCGAUUCAGCGGUGUUCUGUAGGGUCCCUUCUCCCAACGGCGACACCUUCUUCGGCAAACCCUCCGGCCGGUACAGCGAUGGCCGUUUGAUCAUUGACUUCAUGGGUAUGUUGUGCACUUAUUAAUAGAAGUCGAAUCCACUCGCCUCUUAUUGAGGCCACUUAAUUUAUAUUUACCUUAGAAACUUAAUUGAGUUUCCUUGAGUUGAAUUAUUUACUAAUCCAAUUUGAAUUUGAUAUUUAUUGUGAAAGUACUUUUUUUUUUUUAACAAAAAAACCCAACUUUAUUGAUUGUUUUCACUUAUGGCGGACUGUAGUUACAAAUAUGUCACAAGGGCUUUACAAAUAAUUAACAAAACCAGCCCAGGCACCAAAACCAAAUCAAGCGUAUCAGACCCCGUAUCAUUAACCAACUAAAACAAACUAAACAUGCUCAAAUGAAUUCAUGACAAAGAAACACAAACAAAAACAAAUUAUUUGCAAACUAAAGACAAAUACUGCGAAACAAAAAUCCAAGGAAAACAUAGGAGAGCCAAACUAUGACAAUUAAAGACAAAUGCUUGGAAUAUUCAUCUUAUUCAUACAAAUUAGACCUCUCAUUUUACUCGGCAUCUCAUCACCUACAAAUUAUCUCCUCCUGUUGCCUCCCUCGCCUUGACGAGCCAUUGAGCCAAGUAAUCCACGACCUGGUUAUCUUCUCUAAAUUGGUGCUUUAUAGAAAAUUGAUGGCCUUGUAGCUCCUCCUCUAACAAUUUCCAAAAGUCUCAUAAGUACCAAGAAGAGCAAAUUCCAGAUGUGAUCCAACCCACCACCAAUUUUGAGUCGCUUUCAAGUUUCAAUACAAAUAUUUUAUAUCCCAACUCUUUAUAGAACCGAACACCACUAGUAAGAGUCUGCAACUCCACUCCAUUGUUAGUACCUGACUUAAAUUUUUCAAAGAAAGCGACCUUAAUAUCAUCUGAUGAGUCACGGAAGAUACCACUACCACCACAAGAACCCAGAUUUUCUUUACAAGAGCCAUCUAUAUUUAGUUUCAACCAACCUACAGGAGGUUUUUCCCAAACUACUUUUUGAGAAGUUCUAACUUUGGAAGUUAUCGUUUUCACUUGGAACUCUUCCAAUAAAUUCUCAUCAAUAGCAGGCAAGGAACCCUUCACGCCUUUUACAAUUUUUGCGAGCCAAAACCUCACUAAUAACCAAACUGCAUUCCCUGAUUCAAUACUUAUCUUCCAUGCGGGCUUUACAAUGUCUGAGCCAUAGUCUCCAAGAAAUUAUAGUAGGUAACCAACCGAUGAACAUACCUUUGUGGGUUGACUUUUUGGUACAUCUGAACCAUCUACUAAUUUUUACCCUCCAAGGUUCAUCAUCAAAAUUUAGAAUUCUCAAGACAAACUCUGCUCUCUUCCAAACUAUACUUGCAAUGGCUCCUGUACUUAGAUCAUGAUUGAGAGAUUCCUCUUUUUUAUCCACGCAAAAGUUGCAACAUGAGACCAUAUUAACUCAUUGGAACAUGGCUUUCCACAUACACAUGGAUACUUUCUUAGGUAAUAGUUUAUGUUAGAUCCACUCUAUCCACAGGUACUACUCCCCUUUAAUUCUUAUCACCUCCCAAGACGAGGCAAUUGAAAAUUUUUCCAUUAAUGGAAAGCUUCCAAAUAAACACAUUAAGCCCCAAUAUGUACUUUAUAGACGACAGAAAAAUCUCAUCCGUUUUGGGGACCCAUACCAAAUCUUUCAGCAUAUCCAUAUCUCAAUUCUUAGACUCGCAGAAAUCUUGAAUUUUAAGCUCAGGAUGCUGGAUUGUGUAAGAACACUCCAUGGGGGGACCACUGCUCAAGCACUUAUCAAACCAAAAGGAAACUUUUUCUUUUCUAACCUUCAGAUAAACAUUCUCAUAGACCUCUAGAAAGACCUUUAAGAUUGUCUUCCAAAACCAAGAGUCCGUAGGAGUAUAAUUGAUUGAAGUCAUGUGACCUGAUUUAACGUAUUUAGCCUUAAAGAAUCGGGUCCAAAGAUUAUUUACCGUCAUCAAUCUCCAAGCAAACUUCAUGUGAAAAGAUCUUUGAACGUCAUUACGGUCCCUUACGCCAACGCCCCCUUGAUCUAGGGGUUAACAAACCUUUGACCAAACACACCAUUUCAUUUUCGCCCAACCAUUACUCUUCCCCCAAAGAUAAGAAGAGAGAAUGGAGUUAAUAUUUUUGAUCACUACCAAAGGAAUUGAGAGAACUGCUAACGUAUGUGUUGCCAUGCAUGAUAAAACAUGCCGAAUAAGGAUGAGACGACUUCCCUGAGACAGCAACCUCAUCUUCCAGCUCACCACCUUAUUUCAAAUUUUUGAGACCAAUAGAUCAAGCAUUCUAACAGUAAGGCGACUAGAAAUCAAAGGAGCCCCAAGGUACAUCGUUGGAAAAUUUCCUUUCGGAAACCUGUCAAUCUUAAAAGCCCCUUUCUUCUAAAAAUGUUGAUCUUGUUGGACAAAAAGAGAGCUAAUUUCUCCUUGUUGAAAGUAUGAGCACUAUGAUAAAGCAUACAAAGCAAAAAUUGUAAUAUAGAAACAAGCCUAUUUGUUUUUUUUUUUUAAAUCGAGUUUUUGUUAAGUUAUAUUUAUAUUAUGUAAAAAAAUUAUUUCUAUUAUUAAUUAAAAUUUUUAAUAUAGAUUUAGUUAUGAUUUUUCAUUAGUAAUAUUUUUGAAAAACUCUUCUUUAGUACUCUUCAAAUUAUAUACACUUUUCCCAUUCUAAAAAUGAGGUAUUGAUAAAAUAAAAUUUUGAAUUCAUAAACACUGUGUUGGGAGUAUGAAUUUUAUAUCUUAAACUUGGAUUUGGAUGGAUUUAAAUAAAUUUCAGUACAAUUUUAUAUUACACUUUAUUGAAAUCUAAUUCAAUUCCAAAUUCAAGACCACUCCAAACAUGAGGAAAAAAUCUUUACAAAUUUUCAUCUGUUCUAAAUAUGAAGACAUUCAAAGGAAAAAGAGCACACACAUAUGCCCAAGAUAGUACCUUAUAUGGAUUAUUUCAUAUUUUAUAAUUAAACAAAAUGCAGUUGUGUUUUGAAAAUAAUUUUUUUAAAAAAGGAUAGAGUGAUUUACAUAAUUUAACUGUGUAUAUUUUUUUAGUACUUACCAAGCCUCGGUCAAAAUCUCCACCAUUUGUCAACAAAAAAUAUUAUCAUUUUAGGAUACUAAGAAUUCUUAUGAGUUUGGUGCGUUUUGUGCGAAACCUGGAAUAAUCCUUUUAAACUCAAGCCACGCCUUAACAAAUAAAGUUCUUUUUAAGAAUUCUGAGUUGAGUUUGGAUUCAGUUAAUCAAAUGCAGGUCAAGUUUGAAGUUUGAUAUUCAAAUUUUUUAGUUGAAUUCAGUUCUUAGCAUCUCACUCUCUCUGGUGUUGGUCUUGGUUGCCUUUUGUUCUGGGAGGUACUCAUUUUGCUUGGCAAUUUGUGUAGCUGAGGAGUUGGGAUUACCACAUUUGAGUUCAUAUCUUGACUCCAUUGGAACAAAUUUCCAACAUGGAGCAAACUUUGCAGCAAGUGGAUCUACGAUUCAGCCGGCAAAUGGCAAACUAUUUGACUAUGGUUUUAACCCCAUCUCGCUUAACAUACAGCUCUUGCAGUUCAUACAGUUCAAGGAGCGCACUCAUGAGCUAUACAACCGAGGUUAGAUUAGAAACAUUCCUUCCAAGCGCCCAAAAGAAAUCAUUCUGGCAGAACAGAUUUUUAAAAGUAAUGUGAUCUUUCUUUUCUAAUUUGCAAAAGAGAAGUUUUCUGAUGGGUUCGAUUCAUUUGGGUUUUCCGCAGAAAUCUCCCAAACCAAAAGCAGCACAUUCCCAAGACCAGAGGACUUCUCAAAGGCCCUCUACACCAUGGAUGCUGGACAGAACGAUCUCCAUGCUGGGUUUCUGUCAAUGGCUGAGGACGAAAUGAAGGCCUCAAUUCCUCUCUUGAUCAAUCAGUCGGCUCUGGCACUGCAGGUAGCUACAACCUCCUCUCUUCCUAAUGUUAUGUAAACAACCUUGUACCCUCAGUUCGUUUGUACUCCUCCCAACUAUGACAUAUGCAUGCAAUUGCCUAAGGAGUCCUCUUACACUCUGUGAUGUGAAUAUGGCAAGGGGUUAGGCACUAACAUUAAUCAAAUUGAAAAGAAAGAGAACAAAAUAAAAAUGAAAAGAAUACAACACGUUUGUGAUUCUGCAGUGUGCCUACUUUCAGGGAACCCAACUCGUAGAUGUAUGUUUAUAUGUUAGCCUUAUGUGAAAACUCCAAAGUACACAAAAUAUCUGCAUUCUCAGGGCCUUUUGGGCUACUCACCCUCCACACAAACCCUCCUACUUAUUUAUGAACUUCAAAUGCAUCAUUGUACCACAAAUUUUUUUUUUUCUUUUUGAGCAUGAGUUACAACUCAUCACUAUAUUUGUACUUCUUGUUCAAGUUUAUACUUUUAACUGCUUCUUUUUUCUUUUUCUUUUUUGGCUUUUGAUCCUUGUUGGUGGUUCAGCAACUCUACGAACAUGGAGCAAGAACAUUUUGGGUACAAAAUACCGGUCCCAUUGGCUGCUUGCCUUACUGCAUUGUAAAUGAUCCUCCAAAGCCAGACAAUAUGGACCAAAGUGGAUGCAUCAAGUCCUACAAUGAGGUGGCUCAGGAGUUCAACAGGCAACUCAAGGAGAGGGUGUUCCAACUGAGGACCAAACUACAAGAUGCGGUGAUUACUUAUGUCGACAUCUUCUCGGCUAAAUAUUCUCUGAUUUCCAAUGCAAAGAAAUAUGGUAAGUUUUGCAUCCACCACUUGUCAUCUUGUUUAAGGUGCGCACGAAAGGUUAAGGAAUGCAUUUGAAAGGCAAUUGUUUUUCAGAGCUUUCUGAAGUGGAUUCCUUCUGUUAUUGACUGCAUUUGCUUUUCUCUGGUCUCAUUCAGUGUUUCAGGCAUAUGGGAUUUGAGUAAGUGGCAUAGGUUUCAGUAGUAUGAUUAUGGAUGUAUGAUUAUAUCUUCAUUUUGGCUCCAUUUGGAACAUUAGAAAAUACAAAGGAAAUGAAAGAAGAAUAAAAAGGAGACUACUUUGUUUUUUGUUUGAUUGUAUAUAUAGUAAAUCAAUGAUGUCGGUCACUUUCAACUCUUCUUACUUUUUAGUCAUAUUUGAAUACGUUUGCAUUCUUCAUACAAUUGAGAUGGAGACAAAAUACAGUGAAAAAGUUAUUUCCUCAUUAUUUUCUGCUUUCCUUCUCUCUUGCAAAACAUUGACCUAAAUGGAGCACUGGAAUACCUCUGUGAGGGUUAGAUGCAAUGCAAAAUGUGGUAGACUAAUUCAAUAUUCAGGAUGUUAUCUUCAUUUAGAAUCUCUGUCUGAUGUGUUUUUACUCUCUCUCUCUCUCUCUCAGGUUUUGUUGAUCCUCUUGGGUACUGUUGUGGGCACCAUGGGGACUACAACGUGGACUGUGGGAAGAAGACAAUGGUUAAUGGCAGUGAGGUUUAUGGGGCUGGUUGCAGUAAUCCUGGGGAAUACAUAAGCUGGGAUGGCGUUCACUACACUGAGGCUGCAAACCGCUGGGUAGCCAACCUCAUCGUGAAUGGGUCACUCUCUGAUCCUCCUGUUUCCAUCUCUAGAGCAUGUCAAAUCUCUGUUCAUACACACUCAUGACCUCAAAAAGAUCAACUCAAAAGACAAGAAUUCUUCUUUUGUGUUAGUAACUAACUAUUGUGUCAUCUAAUUUUGGUUGGCAUUCACUGAUCAAGUAGUUAUUUUUUCCCCUAAUCAACUCUGUUUAAAUUUAUUUUGCGCCUUUAAGACGGACAGUAUUUCUGAUCCUUCGAACGACUACACCAGGGGAAGGGUACCAGUCGGUAAUAGCUGAAGGCAGAAAACACUUUUAUGGAGCAAGGGCGAGAAGGAAGAGAAGAAGAAUGAGUGGUUGCCUAAAUGAAGAACUAACUGGUGGCGGACAUUUCAGAGUGCGGUCUUGUCUUGGAGUUCAAGACAUGGCCAAAACUAGUGUGGUUUUAGGAAGAAUCACGUCUUUGUGAAGGAAGAGAAAUUGAUGGAGAUCCUCCACUAUUAUAAUAUUAUAAUGUAUCAACAAAAAUAACCCUCCUCCACUAUACACAAUUACGAAUCAUUUAGGGGAUUUUUCCCUUUUUGGUAAUUGUUACAAACUUAAACACUGCUAUGUCACAUUCUGAAAACUUAGGAAAUAUUUUUGAAUUCUGUGCUUACCAAAA